UGUAUUUUAUUUUUUUUUAGAAGAUUCAGCUCGAAAAUUGUUAUUCAUUAGAAUACAUGGAAUUGUAUUAAAGUAGACCUGGCUGUUUGAGCACGUUUUGAGAGUUACGUAUAAUAGUUUGCUCGGUUUUCCAAUCUAACACGCCUGCUUCAGCUCAUCAGCUGAAGAGAAGCCAGAAGAACCAUCAAACAUGGCUUUCAACACACUAACCUCAAGAGCUGUGCUCCUAUAUGAUGAGUGGAUCAAGGAAGCAGAUCCACGGACAGGGAAUUGGCUUCUGAUGGCGUCCCCAAUCCCCCAAACAAUCAUCAUCGCUGCCUACGUCUACUUUGUGACAUCACUGGGCCCUCGACUAAUGGAGAACCGCAAGCCCUUUAACCUCAAGCAACCGAUGAUCAUUUAUAACGUCUCCAUUGUGGUGUUUUCCCUUUACAUGAUAUAUGAGUUUCUCAUGUCAGGCUGGGCGAAUGGAUACACCUAUGGGUGUGACCUUGUGGAUUAUUCUAGCUCUCCUCAGGCUCUUCGGAUGGCAUGGACAUGCUGGCUGUACUAUUUCUCCAAAUUCAUUGAGAUGCUGGACACUGUUUUCUUUGUCCUGAGGAAAAAGAACAGCCAAGUAACUUUCCUACAUGUCUAUCAUCACUCAAUCAUGCCAUUCACAUGGUGGUUCGGAGUUCGAUUUGCCCCAGGUGGUCUGGGAACUUUCCAUGCCCUUUUGAACUGUGUUGUCCAUGUCAUAAUGUAUACCUACUAUGCUCUCUCCGCUCUGGGACCUGUCUACCAGAAGUACCUCUGGUGGAAAAAGUAUAUGACCACCAUCCAGCUGAUCCAGUUUGUGAUGGUGACCGCCCACAUUGGCCAGUUCUUCUUCAUGAAGGACUGUCCGUACCAGUUCCCUGUGUUCCUCUAUGUUAUUGGUCUGUAUGGACUGAUCUUCUUGAUCCUGUUCCUCAACUUCUACUAUCAUGCCUAUACCAAAGGCAAGAGGCUUCCAAAAUUAAUCCAGAAUGGAACCAGCCACCAGAACGGGAUCUACCUACACAAGAAGUCUGAGUAAUUCUAACCUUGGCCACCAAAAAGUGAACUUCUAACUUAUUAGUGGAAAUAUUCCUUUUUUAUUUCAGAGUAUGUUUAAGGUUCCACUCCCCUGUUUUAUGUUAAAACUUUUGUGGAAAAUCACUGUAUCACUGGAUUUAUUAUUUCUGAACUCGCACACUGGUGUUUCACUAGAGAUGCUAUCCUCAUUUUUGUCUUUCACUCAAGGCUUUGAAAUGAGUAUGGGUUGGGAUACAGUAUUUCAUUUUGUUUUUGUUAAAAUAUCCCUACUUGUAAAUAUUUGAAUUCUCAGCUUUGGAAUAUGAUUGAACUGCUGGCCAAAUCUGAAAUGAGGUAAUGAGAGCAUAUUGAAGGUGAAUGGGUUGUUGAAGGUCAUGUUUUGGUUUUAACUAAAUGAGCCCGAGGCCCUUUUUAUCCUUGAGAAACUCUGACUGAUAACCUGGUUGUGCUCGAACCUGAAGGUUUACUAAAUGCCACCGAAGUGACAUCAUCUGAAGUUAUUCAUGUAGGUGAUUUAUGCUGUCAAAAUGCUCUGUGACUAUUUAUUUCAAUUGUUUAUUUAAUGUGAACCAUUUCUUAAUGUGAUCUUAAAAAAAACAAAAAAAAAAAGUUUCUGAUUGGCUAUUAUGCUUUUAUGUACUUUAACUGUUUUGAGCAAAGAUAUAGCAAGACUGGAUUGAUGUGCCAUGAAUUUGCCUUUUGUUUUUGUCAUUUUAAACCUAAUUUGUUAAGUGUUUUGAUAGUGAAACAAAAUAAAUUAUUUGCGAUA